GAAGAUGAACCAGCAAAUAUUGCUGCAUUGGAAGAAGCAAUAAGAGAAGCUGAAACUGAGAUAGAACAACAUAAAAGAAAUUAUGCAUCACUUCAAGAACAAAAAGUGCAACUAGAUAACGAACAAUUACCACUAGUCACUGAAAUUGAAGAAGUGAGCAAACAGCUUAAUGAUAUGUCGAGCGAAGUAGAUGUUCUUAAUGAACAAAUAGAAGAACAAGUGUCUAUGCGUGUCACUUGCGCGAACAAUAAGGCACAUUGGGAAAGAAAAAUGAUCUUAGAACAGCAAAAAAUCAAUACUGCUGAGGAGGAUGUUAAGAAUAAGCAAUAUAUUCUAGAGCCAGCUAAUGAAUUAGAUCGUGAAAUCAAGCAAAUUCAAAAUCGUUUACGAGAAAGGGAAAAGGAACAUGGGUCAAGCCUUGAAGAAAUAGCAUCAGAUAUGGCUGCAAAACGUGAUGCUUAUCGUCAUGCAAAAACUGAAAUUGGUCACAUGGAAAAAUUUAUUCAAGAUCUCAAAUCAGCUUUGCACUCACGCAUGCUAAAAUGGCGAAAUUUUCGUACUUACAUAUCUGUUCGUGCAAGGAUUCAAUUUACAUUUCAGUUAUCAAAGCGUGGAUAUACCGGAAAACUAUUGUUUGACCAUCAGAAUAAAAAAUUAACUCUACGGGUUCAAAUUGAUGAACAAACAAAUCAAAAUGCUGAUAAAGAUCCAAAAUCAUUAUCCGGAGGAGAAAAAUCAUUUUCAACUAUAUGCUUGUUACUUGCACUUUGGGAGGCGAUGGGAUGUCCAAUCCGCUGGUGA